UGCUUUUAUAUUAAACAUUAUCGAAAUCUGUUAAAAAAAAAAAAAAGAAAAUGAGAGUAAUCAGUUAAGAAAAUGAAAUUGUUUAUACGAUUAUGAUAAAGAAAAAUUUCCUGUAAAUGGAACACGCUCGUCUCAAGUUUCGUCUAUAUUAAAAAGCACCCUCUACCAUGUACGCGCACUGCGCCACGACCUUUAAUGGGCGCAGCUUCCCUGGAACCCAAUUACUCCCCCAACUUCGAACAGAGAGUAUCUCUGACUGACCUCGCUAAACGAACAACUUUUUUACAUUUCUGACGAGCAUUCAGAGAAAAACCCGUGAUAAUAAUGUAAUUCGCGCGAUAUUCAACCCGACGCGGCGAAAAAAUUCUUUUGUAAAUUUGAUAAAAGUACGUAAAACGUGAAACGUGUUUACCUUGGAGGUGUUUGUCAUUCGUGAAAGUUUUACCACUUUGAACAAUCUCUAUAAAUGCUUUGUUGUCUAUCGAGGGUGGUUCGUAAAAAGGUAUACGAUGUUCCGUAAGUGGUGUUUGUCACAAAAACCAAAAAACCAGUGAAUUAGAAACGGAUUUAAUUGAAUAUUAAAUUCCUCCUUUCAUCCAUUGGGACUAAUCUUUACAAGUGUACUGUGGAUCUACGAUGAUCAUGUAUACAGUCGCGGAAGAUCACAUGGGCGAUACCGAAAUCGCACAGGUGAUAGCAUUUAUAUGUGGAAUAAUAGUGAUACUGUUGAUGAUAAUGGGUUUAGCUUCUACAGAUUGGUUAAUGGCAUUAGGAUGGAGACAGGGUUUGUUUGCACAUUGCAUAGAAGAAGGUGCUCCUACACCUGUACCAUUUAAUUUGCCAGAUACAGCUGGAUGUUAUCAGGCUAGAGAUGUUGCCUAUAUGAAAGCAGCUGCUGCCUUGUGCGUGGUAUGUUUGUUAACAGAUAUUGCUGCAACAAUUCUCACUGGUCUUGGUUUAAGAUCUCAAGAUAACCGUGAGAAGCAUAGGUAUUACAGAUUUGCAGUCUUCUGUAUGGGUUUUGCAUUGGUAUCCCUCCUAAUAGCCUUAGUAGUAUACCCUGUGUGUUUUGCUACAGAACUUAAUCUCGGAAAUCGAACGUCUUGGGAAUUUGGUUGGGCAUAUGGAGUUGGUUGGGGUGCAGCUAUAUUUUUGUUCGGUGGAGCUGUGUUGUUAUUAUGCGAUAAAGAAAGCGAAGAAAUUUAUUACAAAGAACGAAAGAUCGUACGCGACGAUAUCGGCGGUGGAGGUUCUAUGAUCGGAAUGGGACAUCAUGGUGGACGAAGUGGGACGCAAUUAGCCUAGUGGCAUUGCUCCCUGCCCGACGUUGUUCUCUAGGUGAUUAACAUUUUCUUUUUCUGUCCUCACCAUUUGAUAUAUAUGUGAAGAAACGUACACACGUAUAAGAGCAAAUGGUUUUUAUACAUAUGGUGUACUUGUUAUGACAGCAUAUAUUGGACAUAAUUAUCACUUUGAUAUAGAACGUUUAAAACAUCAGUCCAUUAUUGGAUGUUUGACGAAACGAGGUUUGUAAGUUGACUGAGACUUGAUAAAUUUAUUCAUGGGUUACCAAUUUCCACGUUUUUCAUAGCAACAAUUUCGGGACCAUUGUUAUUUUUAGUUUACUGUAGUAUUGUUUCUUGUGUAUAUUAUAUAAUUACAAAUAUUUUUUACACGGUAUAUUUACAUUAUUUUUUUUACUGUACUGAUUAACUUUUUUAUACUAUUAUAACGGUAGCAUUGAUGCUGCGUUAAUUUGAAUAUCGCUUGAUAACAACGAUAUAUUUACUGUUGCUACUUAAAUUUGUUGAUUUACAUUAAUAUAACUUUCACUGUGCCUCCAUUAACGGUUUAUCGUGUUUGGCUAGCUUAAAAAAUAAUCUUUGCUAUUUGAAAAACAAAAAGUCGUAUUUGUGUACUUAAUAUCAAUUUGAUAUUUCAUUGUUUGAGGACAUUCUGAUAACGAUUUCAGCGAUAAGAAGCUAAAAAAUAUGCGAGUAAUUAAUAUAAUUAUAGUACAAGAACACUGCCCUUCUUUAGUCAAGUAAUGAUUUUUAUGUUCAUUAAUUUCAUUUUUACGUAACAAUUGCAGCUUCGAUUUAACUAGUAUUUAUUAUGUUUUAGUAUAUUUCCUAUGUGUGGUAUGUACAUAUACAUAUUAUAUGCACAUAUAAUUAGACGCUACUAAUUUAUUAUUCGCUUACAUUUACUUUUUCAUAUUAUUAUUAUUAUUAGAAGUGAUAUAUGCUUUAAUUAAUAUGAUUUAUAUUAUUGUGGUAUUUACCAAUAUUUUUGGUAUAAUGUUACGAACUAGUAAUGUUUACUACUUAUGCUUCCAUGUGUUUUGCAAUAAAUUUUGGCCAAAAAUUGUUGUAAAUGACAUAUCGUAUGAUUGCAUAUACGCACAGAAGUUAUAUAAAUGAAAUUAUAAAAAAUCAAAUUAGGUAAACUAAUCUUGAGUAUUCCAAAAAAGUAAAAAUAUUAAUUAUAAUAAGAUUACAUACUUGGGCACACUUGUUAAUUAUUACGAAUAAGAAUUUCUGAAAUAAUUUUUUCACCAGUAUGAGUAAUUACGUAUCAGCAGCAAAAUUAUUAACGUUUAUAUUACAUCGUAUCAAUUAUUUUUAUAUUUAUACAAGUCGAUCUAAAGUCUUCCUUUAUUUUUCAUAAAAAUAUAAAUGCUUCUUUAUUGUUUUACGAAACAUGCAAAUGCUACCUCUGAUAAAUUUUCAUUUUUCGAGUACCAUUAAGUUAUAGAUACGUUAAUUAUAUAAAAAGUGCGCAAAAGAAAGUAAAGGAAAAACACGUGUAAUUCUUUCGUACGAAACAAAAAAUACUAUUUAGUUUAUCUGCGUACAAAAUUUAAUUUAAGUUUCAUGUUAAACGCGAAGGAAAAAGUUCAGAUGUUAUUGAGAAUGAAUUUACUAAAUUAUGGACAUUAAGCAAGACAUGUAUGCAAUGUGAGAGCUGACAUACGUAUGCGUUAUGAUGUUUCUGAUGAUAUUUUCAAUAUUAUGUAAAAAAUGUAAUAUUGAAAAUUCAUUAAAUGUAGUCGGACGUUGAUACAGUUUCUAACAGUAUUAUGUAUUUCAUAGUAACUCUUAAUUGGUAACCAUUUAUUUUUUUCAUUAAUCGAAUGAACGGUUUAUAAUUUUUACCCAUUGCCUGUAAGGAGAAGUUUAACUUCCUCACAAGUCGAGUAUAUUUUAUGUUUAAACACAGCACUGAAUAUUUAAGUGUGCGAUGGAAUAGAGACAGCUCGGGCAGGUAUUAUGUAUUAUGUUAUCUGCAUUACAUACGUGUACGUAUAUGUAUAUAUAUAGGUAUUUUAUAAAUACAUGUAAUAGAAUAAUAUACUUGCAGUUAUUGCAAUACUCUAAAGUCUAAAAAAAAAAGGAAUAUACAGCUCAUAUAUGCAUUUUGCAUAAUGUGGCUGAUUGAUCAUGCUUUAUAUGAGACAAAAAGGAUUUAUAUUUUAAAGCUAAGAGUUAUAGUGUGUUUGAUUCUUUACCAAACACUGGUCGAUUUGCGCCUUUCAAUUUUGAUAUACUUUUAACAAAAUGAAGUACCAUAUAAGACUAAACGUAACCAAGUAUUUAAAUAUGUUUAAAAAAAGUAACAAAUGAACCAUUAAUAUGUUAAUUAAGUAUAUAUAUAUAUAUUAUACAGAAAAGUGUACGCAUAAAUGAAAGAUUUCAAGUUGUUGUUAACUGAAUACAAUUUAUACAUCUUCUCUGCUAUACUUUAUCUCUUAACUAUUUUGAAGCAAAACAGAAAGUACUACUCCUAAUGCAACUAAUUUAAAGUUUCAAAAUUGUCUAAUCAAAUCUACUUGAAAUUUCAAUUUGCGACUAAAUAGUUUCUAAACUUCCAGUUAAGCUUUAAUUUUCUUUUUAUGUAAAAAAAAAAAAGUAAUACUUUAUCAUAUGCUUACACUUCUGUAGUAGAAUGUCAAUGUAGAUAAUAGACUAUUGCUUAAUACUUUACUGGCAUUGUCAUAAGUAAACAGAUGAAAUGAUUGUAAUUAAAUGAGUAUAGAUAUAACGUAGUAUUAAUAGAGCACCAUAUCAGAGUAAAAAACAUUAGUUGUUUGUUACAUGUAUAAAAUCAAUUCUCUAUCGUGUAUAGUGAAUGAAAAGUAAUGAAAUGAAGUAUACUAUAAGUCUAGUUUAACUUCUGUAACAUAUUCUUUUUUACGAAAUCAUAUUAAUAUAAAACUGAAGUUACAUGUUUAAGAAAAAAACACGAUAGAGAAAACAUUUCUUUUCAGACAACUGUUUAAACUAUAGCACUUUUUUAAUUUGUAAAUCGUAAUAAGAUAUCCGUCGAAAAUUUUGAAUGAUUAUUUACAAAAUGAAAGAGGAAUGCAUUGUAGCGAUGAAUUUAUGAAUUUUAAACCGAAGUAGUAGAACGUAAUUUACUGGAUAGAUAAAACAUCUCAUAUUGUAUAGUACACGUAUCGUACUUAUUCCAUGCAUAUCGUAGUGUGUCACGAAACGUAUUGACGUGAAAACAAAUAAAUAAUGUGUAAAUUCAUUUUCCUUGUCGAGAAAUGUUCAAAGCGAUAUCGGUAGAACUAUACGAAUGAAUUAUUUAUGCGCCAUAUUAUAAAAUGUAAACAUAUCGUAAUAUUGUACAAAGAAAUAAACUAUAUAUCUGAAAAAAA